AGGAAGAAGUGAUUGGCCAGUUGAGAAAGAAUACAGUGCCAAGGACUGGGGAGAAUCUGACACAAGUAAGGGGGCCCGGGAUAUGGAUCUCCGAAACCGAGAUGUAGACAGAAGUCUAAGAGGUCAAGGUCAUGAUUCAUCAUCUCAAAGUUUUGGAGGUCGGCCAGGAGGUUACAGACUGCUAGAAGAGACAGAUGAGGACAUGCGACUUGAAAGUCUGGGUCGUGGGGACAUCAAGGGGGACCUAGAUUACAGUUACAACAGAUCCAAGGACAGAAUAACAAGUGAUCAGGAGGAAAUGUACAUCGGCCGGCGUAGUUCUCGAUACAUGGAUGAGGACAGACGAGGUGAGCUUUCUUCAGAUUUAGAAUCAACCUAUAAAAGCAGGAGUGAUGAUUUACCCAUGACUAGAUCUGAAGACCGUCAACGCUACAGCAAACUUGAUGAACCUUACGGCAGCAGAGGAGGUGACUUGUAUGGCAGCAGAAGAGAGGAUUCCUACAGUAGCAGAAAUUUGGAAUACUCGCGGACUGGUGGUGAUGAUGAUGUCAGAGGUGGUCGAGGCGGUGACCUACUAUCUGACAGAUUUGCUGAUUCUGGUUUGACAGCCAGGGAUAUCUAUUCUCGAGAUGCUUACGGGAGAGAUGAGAAAGAUUUGUUCAGAGGAGAGAGGUUAGUUAUGUCAAAUUGUCUGUUAUAAUGAAAGAGUAUGUUGAGAUUUACGUAUAUUUAACAUAGGGUAAAGGAUAUUGGAAAUGAAGGCUUAACAUCAUGGUAUUGAAAAUAGCAUUCAAAGUGAGAAUCUGACAGGCUAUGUCAUUACACUGCCUCAGUCUAAAUCUGACAGGCUAUGUCAUUACACUGCCUCAGUCUAAAACUGACAGGCUAUGUCAUUACACUGCCUCAGUCUAAAUCUGACAGGCUAUGUCAUUACACUGCCUCAGUCUAAAUCUGACAGGCUAUGUCAUUACACUGCCUCAGUCUAAAUCUGACAGGUGUCAACACAUGACCCCACCAGCUUCUCUAUCCUGUGGCCAGCUAGACUCUAAGAAUUGUGUAGUUAUUGGUUGUUCAUCUUCAAACAUUCUCAUAGCAAAAGAGAAUUAUGAAAAAUUCAAAAGUUACACUUUUGAACAUUUGACCGACAUUUGUGUCAAUGUUGCUCUUCAGACAUAUCCAUAUAUCUCAGAGCCCUUAGCCAAAGAUGAUCACAGAAUGGCUCAAGUAGUCUAAUUGUUACCAAAACUAAGACCAUCGGUGAACGCUCCUUCUACUUCCAUGGGCCCACGUUCUGGAACCAGCUCCCCUUCCAUAUCCGUCAUUGUGAAACCUCGUCCACUUUUAAAAAGUCCCUUAAAACCCAUCUGUUUAGGUCCGCCUAUGACCUGUGAUGCACCCUCCUUGCCCUGCCUCAUUUUCUGUCUCGGGUUAAUCCUGUAGUAUAGGCCAAAAUGUGCCAAACUGUCCUCGUUUUAUAGCCAUUUUAAUUGUUUGUAUAGUAUAUAGUUACUAUCCUAGUGUCUCAUUUUUAUUGUAGUUAGUUUACAUGUUUUUAAUAAUUGUAAAGCGCUUAGAGCUUUAAGGUGAGCGCUAUAUAAAAAUGCCUAAAUAAAUAAAUAAAUAUUUUCAGCCCUGCACAUUUACAUGUUCACAGAGAUCGUUUUGCCAGAGGCCAGUCUCCAGCGCCGCCGUCACCAUCAAGGGCAACCAACACGGUGACCUCAGCUGCAACGUCGGAAACUGUCAAAGUAAGACAUAUGAUGAAUUCAAUAAAAUACUUUAAGAAACCAAAUUAAAUUCCAAUAGUUGUAGUGUGUUUUAGCAUGUAAUGUUGUAUAAUAAUUUUUGUUAAACAUUUAAAUUUUUAUCUUUUUAUGGGAAUACUCAGUUUUGAAAUCUCUGAUAGCAAUAAAGCAUCUAUUUGAAAAUGAACUUGUAUAAAUAUUUGUCAUGAAGAAAAUAUAUUGUUACUCAAUUACUUGGAAAUUUAGGUUUGCAAGUGGCUGAUAUCUGAGAUUUUAAAAAAAAUUAAAGUUAUCACUAUAUACUACAAUAUAAGUAUGGUUAAUUAUUUUGUCCUAACUUUCAUCUCAGUGGUUCUAAAAUUUUUGAUAAACUAUCAAUGUUCUGUUUGACCAGAUUGAAGAUCUUCUUUGUCCACCUGUAAGAGAGAGUAGACCACCUCAAAUUGUAACCAUUAUUCGGGGCCUGCCUGGAAGUGGAAAAACUUAUGUUAGCAAACUUAUUAGGGUAGGUCAGAUAUUUCCCUGAUCAUCAUUUGUUACAGUAACAAUUAAGUAAUACACAAAAUCAUGCUACUUGUUCUCCGACAACAUGGUAAAUCUUUCUGCUAUAAAUAAAGAGCUAAGAUUGAAAAGUAAAUUCUUGACAGUGUUGUGUUUUCUGCAACAAAAAUUUUUUAUUACAUGAGGCAUCAUGAAUAAUAAGUUUGUUGCUUAUAAUUACUACAAAAAAAUAAGUAUAGAAUGAUCCAUUUAAUCCAGGGGUUCUCAACCUUUUUAAUGCCGCGACCCUUUAGUACAGUUCCUCAUGUUGUGGCGACCCCUAACCACAAAUUUAUUUUUCGCCGCUGCUUCAUAACUGUAGAGUAUAUGUGUUUUCCAAUGGCCUUAGGCGACCUCUGAGAAAGGGUCGCUACCCACAGGUUGAGAGAGGCUGAUUUAAUCAGUCAUGAUAUGUUAUUUGGAAAAUGGAAAUAUAUUCAAACCUCAUAUUUGAGAAGAAAAUCAGUAACUUUUAUGUCAUUUAUCAAAUACAUUAGAGUACGCAACACUGUUUUAGUCUCAGCAGCCUCCAUAAAUCAGCAGAAAACCGGUGCUUUACUGCAUGCAGUAUUAUUUCCCCAGGAAAAAGAAACAAGCUAUGGGGGCUCAGCUCCACGCAUGCUAUGCCUGGAUGAUUACUUCAUGGUUGAAACAGACAAGGAAGUCAUUGAUCCUGACACGGGCAAGAAGGUCAAGAAGAAGGUGCGUGACCAUCGGAGAAUAGUUUAGCUUGUCACUCAUAAAGGAUAAUCAUAAAAUGUUAUGGGAUAGAUUAGUAACAGCUUACUUAAAGAAUAACUUGAGUUGGCAUUAUUCAAGGCGCAUUGUGCAAUCUGAGGUGGGAUCAUAUUUUAUAUAUAUUUAAUCCUCUCCUACCUAAAGCAAAGGCUAAUUUGAGAAGAAAUAUGUUUUUUUUAAAUUUAUUAAUUUAUUUCUUCAGACCUGUUUACCCUCAAACUCUUAAAAUCGUACAAUAUAAUCACAAAAUCGUUCAAUACUGUAUAUUUAUAGUAAAAAAUAAACAUACAUUAUAUAUAAUGUUUACACCUCAAAAUCGUCCAUUGUACGCCAAAAUCGUAAGAGUAAACAGGUCUGUUUCUUCCAAAAAAAACUUGUUUGACUAUCUAUCCGUAGAUCUGAGGAAGCUUCAUCAUUCGCACAUACAGAGAACAAAAACUUGUAUGUGAAGAUUAUGAUUUACUGUAUGUACCUGAAUUUGUUUUGACUAACGUGUUAACCUUGUUGUUUAGGUGAUGGAGUAUGAAUAUGAGCAAGCCCUAGAGGAAGCCUACAGGCAAAGCCUUUUAAAGUCUUUUAAAAAGACUGUGGAUGAUGGAUUUUUCCCAUUCAUAAUCCUUGAUGCAACAAAUGAAAAGGUGGCACACUUCUCAGAAUUCUGGAGUUAUGCCAAAUCCAAAGGCUUCCAGGUAUAGUUUCAAAAUUAUAGUCUUUUUUGGGGGUUGGGGGGGGGGGGGUAAAGAGAAGGGAAUAAAUAGAUUUAUGUAGUUUUAAAAUAACACUUGUUUAAUCUAUUUAAAUGGAGAAAAAAAUCUAUUGUGUUAUUUCAGGUGUACGUUGGUGAAAUUAAGACAGAUAUUUCAACGUGCAUACAGCGUAACAUUCAUAACUGGACAGAGUGGGAUAUUGAAAAGGUACAUAUCUGUAGUUUAAGCAAUUUUUAUUUAUAUUUGCAGUUAAUGUUUGAUUGUGGUUACGUUUUGUUUUAAACACAUGCUGUCAAUUAUUUUAUCCAUUUUUCAAUCCUUUCUAUUAACUUCACUUCUGUUAGUGUGUUUCGUUCUAUUUGUCUGGGUGUGUGGCAAAAUCUUCAGACUGCUAACGGGCCCAUUUCCCGUCAACCUAUCAAGCUGAAACUUGGCACAUAGACUUGUUGCCAAUGACAACACAUUCCAUCAAAUGUUCAGCCCCACCCUCCAACCCCAACCCCUAAAAAAUCAGUUUUUCCUUUUUUUUCAAGAAGGGAUGAUGAAGGAAAUAGGAUGACACUGAUGUCACGAAAUAAAAUUCCAGAUAACUGCGCUAAAUGAGAUUCUUAAAAAUAUCGCAAGUGCGGGGGGGGGGGGGGGGGGGGGGGGGGGCGCGGCACUAAUUACUAAUUGAAAUUUUAAAAAGUGCAUUACUUGAAUGAAUGUUUUGUCCAAUGUUCAGCCCUACCCCUCAUUGCUCAAUACACAUUUUAUAAAGGACUUCAAGAAAAACUUUGUUUUUAGGGGUUGUAUAUAAUGAAGACUGUUAUUUUUCUAUGAGAUUUGAAUCAAUUGUUUGUCUUUUCCCCAGGUCAAGAACAACUGGGAGCCUCUACCCAGCCACUACAUCCAACUAGAUUUAAGAUGGAUACUGCAGGGGGGGGGGGGGGGGGAGAUAUGA